CGCCCGACCGCUUUUGCCCACCAGAGCUCAACAGAACACCCGCUUGCCUUCGCCUCUGCUCUGGAAGCCUCGCGCUCCCGUACUCGCAGCGAACCCAACCCUAGCACCGACACCCGCCCUUCGCCGCCGCCGGCGAGAUGAUCCCCUUCAAUUCCGCCGUCGCCGCCGAGGUCAGCUCCCUCGUCCAGGGCGCCGACGACUCCACCUUCCAGUCCAUCUACCGCGAGCUCUGUCAGUUAGCAGACUGCAGUCCUGAUGGUUGCAUUUUACUGCUUCAAGUUUGUUUGGAUGAAGUGCUGCUAAAUGUUGGCGUGGGAAAACUCUCCCAAUCGAAACGAGAUCUUUUAGCCACCAUUUUCAGAUAUUGUCUGGAUAAACCAUACUUUAGCACCUGUUUUUGUGAAGCACUGAGGACUGUAUCUGUUAAUGAUGUUUUCCUUGAAACAUUGUCAAAUGAACUUGAUCUAUCAAGAUCUGAGAGGGUUGGUAUUGGACUUGCGCUGUCAGAUUCUGAAAAUCUAGGCUUGAAUCUGAAAGGCCAAAAAUUUUCAAUUGCUCAAAUUGAGGAGUUAUGUUCAAAUCCUGCACAAUCUAUAUCGAAUGACCAAAUUCAUGAUAUUGUUGUGUUUCUUCACCAGACGGAUGGCCUCUCAAAGCAUAUGGAUUCUUUUACUAACAUUAUCUCUCUAUUCAAAGUUAAAGAGACGCCAUUCCAUGUUCCUGUCCCUAUUCAGGAAGGCUAUAUUCAGCCAACUUCAAGACAUACAGAACUGUACAUUGGUAGUCUGGAUGAUGAUUUUGAUUCUCUUUUAUCUGAAAUUGGAAAAGAAAUAAGCAUGGCUGAUAUCAUUUCCGAAUUGGGUUAUGGAUGUACUGCUGACAUUGCACAAUGUAAAGAUAUAUUGUCACUUUUUGAGCCUCUCGAUGAUUUGGGCAUAUCUAAGUUGCUUGGGGCAGUUGUUUCCACUACCGUUGGUCUUUGUGAGGCUCACAAUACAUAUUCAACGUUCAUUGCGGCUUUUGGUAACAACCAAACCAGUGAUUCAAUUCAAUCGACGGCAUGGAAUAUCAAUGUUCUUGUGGACUCGAUCAAUGAAAUUGCCCCAAGAACCAACUGGACCAGUGUAAUGGAAAACCUUGACCAUGAAGGUUUCAAUAUUCCUGAUGACGGAGCUUUUCGUUUAUUGAUGUCUAUAUAUUCUCGUGCUUGCAAGGAUCCAUUUCCUCUUCAUGCCAUUUGUGGUUCACUCUGGAGGAAUUCAGAAGGGCAAUUAUCAUUCUUGAAACAUGCAGUAGCUGCCCCAACCAAUAUAUUUACAUUCAAACAUUGUUCCAGAAAGAUGGUUUUUCCGGACUUUGCUAAGCAUGCCCAGGGCAAUCAGGCUUGGUAUUGCCUAGACCUUUUGGAGGUGUUAUGCCAGCUUGCUGAGCUUGGCUAUGCAACAUUAGUGCGGUCAAUACUGGACUACCCGCUGAAUCACUGUCCAGAAGUCUUAUUUCUUGGUGUUAGCCAUAUCAAUACUGCUUAUAAUCUCAUCCAGUAUGAAGUAUUAUCUUUUGUUUUCCCUGCCAUACUGAAGGACACUAAGCAUAAUAGUUUAGUGAACUAUCUAUGGCAUCUCAACCCUUCCCUUACUAUUCGAGGUUUUGUUGAUGCCCAUUCUGAUAUAGUUUGUCUUUUGAGAACUGUUGAAAUAUGUCAAGACCUAAAGAUUCUAUCUUCUGUCCUUGAUUCAACUCCACUGGCAUUUAGCAUCAAACUUGGUACAGUUUCCUUUCGCAAUGAUCGGAGUAAUCUUGAGAAAUGGGUGACUGAAAAGUUGAGUGCACAGGGAGAGACUUUUAUUGAGGAAUGUGUUAAUUUCUUGAAAGAAAUUGUGGCCAACACAACUUAUGAUGGUGCGGCGGGUGGAUUGCAACAACCUCAGUCUACUAUCAGCAAUAUUUGCUGGGAAUCUUGUCCUUUAUUUAUAAAGGUUCUUCAGUCUCAAUCGGAGCAGCUGUUGUCUAACCAACUGGUGGAUGAACUAAGUAGAGUGGAAGCAGCGUAUGAAUCAAGGAAUCAUGGUGCUGUGGGAAGGGACAUUCCUCCUCCUGAGGGAGGCUCUGAUGACAUUGAAGCACAGGCAAAUUUAUAUUUUCAUCAGAUGUUUGCUGGAGAAAUAAGCAUCGAUGGUUUGAUACAAAUGCUUGCACGCUUCAAAGAAUCUACAAACAAUAGGGAGGUAGCAAUUUUCAAUUGUAUGAUCUCUAAUUUGUUUGAAGAGUACAAGUUUUUCCCUAAGUAUCCAGAAGCACAGCUCAAGUUGGCUGCUGUCCUUAUGGGCUCUCUCAUCAAACAUCAACUUAUCGCUCACCUGGGACUUGGAAUUGCUCUACGUAGUGUUCUUGAUGCCUUGCGCAAGUCUAUUGAUUCAAAGAUGUUUAUGUUCGGUACAACAGCGCUGGAGCAGUUUAUGGAUCGUGUUAUAGAAUGGCCACAAUACUGUAACCAUAUAUUGCAGAUUUCACAUCUUCGUGGAACACACGGCGAAUUAGUCUCUGCAAUUGAGAGAGCACUUGCCAAGAUAUCAUCAAGUCAAAAUGAAACAAAUCUCAGCAACAUGUUUUCUGUCGAUCAGCACGGUUCUGGUUUAUCAUCUAUUGGAAACAUAGAGGCUUCUGAUGCAUCAUGGCAGUUCAUCAACCCAACUCCAACACAACUUGAACGGCCACCUUCUUCUUUUCCACUGCAACAGAGGCACCAGGGUUUUCUUGGGGAGAGGUCCAGGGGUUCUACUUGCAGCCUUCAAGCUAAGAACAAUUUAUCUAUGAGUCAACCUUCUCUUGCUUCAACACCUGCUGAUUUACCUAUUACGCAGAAGGUUACUGCACCACCAUCCUCACAAGCUUCUCCUCACCAUUCAACCACUGUCCCAGCUCCGUCACAAUCCACUAAUUUUCUGAGGCCUAGAAGUUCGGCUCCUUCAGGCACACGAUCUUCGUACACAACAGGAUUCGGAGCUGCUCUAAAUAUCGAAACUCUUGUUGCUGCGGCAGAACGUAGGGAUACAUCAAUUGAGGCCCCUCCCUCUGAAGUCCAAGAUAAGAUUUUCUUCAUGAUCAACAAUAUUUCCAUUUCUAAUAUGGAAGCCAAAGCCAAAGAAUUUAAUGAGGUUUUGCUGGAACAGUAUUAUCCUUGGUUCGCACAAUACAUGGUCAUGAAAAGGGCAAGUAUUGAACCAAAUUUUCACGAUUUGUAUUUGAAGUUCUUUGACAAAGUUAACUCAAAAUCCUUGAAUAAGGAAAUGGUGAAGGCUACAUAUGAGAACUGCAAGGCCUUAUUGCAAUCAGAUCUUAUCAAAUCCAGUUCCGAAGAGCGUUCCUUGCUAAAAAAUCUUGGCAGCUGGCUAGGAAAACUCACUAUAGGAAGGAAUCAAACAUUACGAGCAAAGGAAAUUGACCCCAAAAUUCUUAUAAUUGAGGCAUACGAAAGGGGGUUGAUGAUUGCGGUCAUUCCGUUUACUUCAAAGAUUCUUGAACCUUGCCAUUCAAGUAUAGCAUAUCGUCCUCCAAAUCCAUGGACAAUGGGUAUUCUUAGCCUCCUUGCCGAGAUCUAUAAUCUACCUAAUCUCAAGAUGAACCUGAAGUUUGACAUUGAGGUCUUGUUUAAAAACCUCAGCGUGGACAUGAAAGAUGUAAAACCAUCUUCUCUUCUUAAAGAUCGUAUUCGCCAAAUUGAAGGAAAUCCGGAUUUUUCUAAUAAAGACGUCAGUGCAUCUCAAACACCAGUAGUUCCAGAGGUCUCCUCUGGUAUGAUGCCGGCAAAAAAUCUUGUAGAAGUGCAACCAGAGUUGACUAGUACCUCCCGGACUACUAGCCUUCCAAAUAUGUUAACCCAGCAGUAUGCGCCACCUCUUCGUCUUCCGCCAAACAGCAUGGUAGAGGAUGAUAAGGUUGCUUUGCUAAUGCCCGAUCAGGUUUCGCCAUCUCAAACACCGUCUCCAUCACCCCCACUGUUUACUCUUAGUCAGCUUAUUGCAGCAAUACCACGGGCGGAUAUUUAUUUCAGAAUCAAUGAUAAGCUUAGCUCUCUUGGCUCAUUGCAAUAUAGCAAAAUCAUGGAUGUUGCUUUGGAUAAGGCUAUUAAGGAAAUUAUUGGCCCUGUGAUUCAAAGAAGUGUUACAAUAGCUACCCGCACCACUAAGGAACUUGUUCUUAAGGAUCUUGCAAUGGAAUCUGAUGAUAGUGCGGUAUCUCGAUCUGCACAUUUGAUGGUUGGCACACUAGCUGGAAGUCUAGCCCAUGUAACUUCCAAGGAGCCUCUUCGUGUUGCUUUGUCAUCUCAUCUUCGAAUUCUCAUUCAGAACCUGAAUAACAACAGUGAAAACACUGAUCAGAUUGUUCAUAUUCUUAUCAAUGACAAUCUGGAUCUGGGAUGCGCCCUGAUUGAGACUGUUGCAACACGCAAGGCUGUUGAAAUGAUUGAUGGAGAAAUCAAACAGCCCUUUUCACAACUGAGGCGGCAAAAGGAAUUACUUGGUUCGGCAUAUUAUGAUGCUUUCCCUUACACUCAAGGUCUUGCACGUGUCCCAGAUGCACUUCGCCCAAAGCCAGCUGGCCAUUUAUGUGCUACCCAACAACGAGUGUAUGAGGACUUCAUUACUGUGUGGCACAGCCAGAGUAGUCAAAAUGCUGGAGCCACCACUUCUGCUACUGCCGUGGCUGUUGCUCCGAGCAAUUCCAGUAUACCUCGACUUUAUAGCCCAAAUUUGGCACAGCCAGCAGACCUGGUUCCUGAAGAGUCAGAUCAUGGUACUACACAACUUUCAAGUGUUACUGGACAAGUUGGAACAAGUGACACUUUUACCCAAGUCGGUGGAACCACAAACCUUGCAUCUGUAUUCCCACCUAUGCUGUCUAAUGACAUUCCAGUGGGCGAACCAACAGCUGCAUCUAAAGAUCUAGGUUCUACAGUACCUCUUUCACCUACGACUGCUGUUGAUCGUAUGGAAUCUGUUUUCGCUGAACCACUGAAUACUGAUGAUGCAUUAGACAGAUACCAACAAGUUUCACAGAAGUUGGAAGCCUUGAUUGCCAACAAUGGUAAAGAUGCAGAAAUUCAGUCUGUUAUUGCGGAAGUUCCUGAUAUCUUACUCAGAUGUGUCAGUCGGGAUGAAGCUUCUUUAGCUAUUGCACAAACGGUUUUCAGAAGUUUGUACGAAAAUGCAUCAAACAGUACUUCUGUAACAUGGCUUCUAGCAAUUUUAGUUGCAAUACGUGAUGUUUGCAAACUUGUCAUUAAAGAGAUAACAAACUGGGUAAUAUAUUCUGAUGAAGAAAAGAAGUUUAACCUUGACAUAAUUACUGGACUCAUUCGUUCUGAGAUUCUCAAUCUUGGGGAUUACAAUGUUCAUCUUGCUAAGAUCAUUGACAGUGGAAGAAACAGGGCUGCAACGGAAUUUGCUAUAUCACUUGUCCAGAGAUUGAUUACCCAAGAGCCCACUGGAGUCUCCGAGUUUUAUAAUGUCGUUGAUGCAUUAUCAAAGCUUGCAGUCAGGCCCAGUUCACCUGAAUCGUUGCAGCAGUUGGUUGAGAUUGCAAGGAGUAAUUUCAACAAUGCUGCUAGCUUUCUGGCCAUGAAGGAUGAAAAGGUUAGGCAGUCAAGGGAUCAAAAGGUUUUAUCUGGUCGUCCUUCGAUUUAUAAAGAAGAAAAUGAUACUGCUUUGGCUGAUUCUGUUAGUUUUCAGGACCAGGUUGCAGUCUUGUUCUCGGACUGGUGUCACAUAUGUGAUCAUCCAACCAUGGGUGAUUCAGCAUAUAGUCAUUACAUUGUGCAGCUGCAACAGAAUGGCUUGCUUAAAGGAGAUGAUUUGACUGACCGCUUCUUCCAUGCUCUCACGGAACUUGCUGUCACACACACUAUUGUCUCUGAGCAAGUUGCUCCUGGUGGUAUAUCUCAGCAGGCAGCCCAACAACUACAGAUUUCAUAUUUCUCCAUUGAUUCAUAUUCGAAGCUUGUGACUUUAAUGGUCAAGUACUGCGUGGAUUUUGGACCAAAUAAAGGCAGCCUUCUACCAAAGUUUCUCUCUGUAACCGCUAGGACCAUUCAGAAAGAUGCAGAAGAAAAGAAAAUUAAUUUCAACCCUCGUCCGUAUUUCAGAUUAUUUAUAAAUUUGUUAAGUGAGCUUAGUACUGCUGACCUUCAUGAGGGUGCUAAUUUUCAGGUUUUGACUUCGUUUGCAAAUGCUUUCCAUUUGCUGCAACCCUUGAGAGUUCCUGCAUGGAGUUUCGCUUGGCUUGAAUUGGUAAGCCAUAGAAGCUUCAUGCCGAAGUUAUUGAUGUGUAAUUCCCAAAAAGGCUGGCCAUUCUUCCAGAGACUGCUUGUUGAUUUGUUCAAAUUCAUGGAACCAUAUCUAAGAAAUGCUGAGCUGGGACAACCUAUUCAUCUUUUAUACAAAGGAACUUUGAGAGUACUACUUGUUUUACUGCAUGACUUCCCAGAAUUUCUUUGCGACUACCACUUCAGUUUCUGUGAUGUGAUUCCUCCAAGCUGCAUUCAAAUGCGUAAUGUUAUUCUCAGUGCUUUUCCACGCAAUAUGAGGCUUCCAGAUCCCUCUACUCCUAAUUUGAAGAUUGAUCUGCUAGCUGAAAUUUCAAUUGCUCCAAGAAUCAUGUCUGAUGUGGAAGGAGCUUUGAAGGCAAGGCAAAUGAAGACUCAGGUUGAUGAGUACCUCAAGAGGCCUGAAGGUUCGUCCUUUUUAACUGAUCUAAAGCAGAAGUUACUGCUGCCUCCUAGUGAAGCAAACGUUGCUGGGACUCGUUACAAUGUUCCCCUAGUUAAUUCGCUUGUUGUCUAUGUUGGCAUCCAGGCCGUGCAACAGUUGCAGCAUAACAAGGCGAAUGCAUCAGCAUCAGCGCAGCAAGUGAACCAAAGUUCUCAGUUGGAUAACGUUCAGAUUGAAACAGCUACCGAGGUCUUCAGAAAUCUUGCAGUAAAUAUGGAUACAGAAGGCAGAUACCUCCUCCUGAAUGCAAUUGCUAACCAGCUACGCUACCCAAACAACCAUACUCACUACUUUUCUUUCAUCAUCCUAUAUUUAUUUGCUGAGACAACACAGGAUAUUAUACAGGAGCAGAUAACUAGGGUUCUUUUAGAACGCCUAAUAGUUAACCGUCCUCAUCCCUGGGGGUUACUUAUUACGUUCAUUGAGCUCAUAAAGAAUCCUCGCUAUACUUUUUGGGCUCGGUCCUUCAUACGCUGUGCACCUGAGAUUGAGAGGCUAUUUGAGUCUGUCGCAAGGUCUUGUGGAGGAAAAACUGCGGAAGAGGGAACCGUGAUAGCUGAUGGUGGUCAUUAGAGAAUGUUGAUGCGUCCAGUCAGCUGUCUGUGCAUUGAGGGCUGUCAAUCAUUUGUUAAGAACAAUCUAGUUCUGUGCAGUUUACCUGUAAAUUUUCCUUUUGAGCUUUUUUUCAUAUCGGAUAAUUUAGGCUUUAUUGGCCAAUGGUGUCAGUAGAAACUGUGCUUUCAUUUGAAUUGACCGUCCUCCAAUUUCGCUGUAACCAAGGGGGGUGGCCAAUGGUUUCAGUAGAACUGUGCUUUCAUUUGAAUUGACCGUCCUCCAAUUUCGCUGUAACCAAGGGGGAUCUCGCCGAGGGUCCUGGCAAUCGUUAAUCUGCCAGUCAAUCAUGGCAUGUGAGUUAUGCCUGGACUUGAUCCUGUAGUGAGUAAUCAUGGCAUAAACCGGCUCUUGAUGUAAUAACAGCUUUGUGUUCAGCUUGCGGUUUGUUCUGACACCAAA